CGCGAAGAAUCCUCUGAGACGUAUCGUAGGGCGUAGUAGUCUGGUGGGGUGAAUGGUUUAAAAGAUGACUUUGGAUCUCAUCUGAGGGAUAUUCUGUCACUGAUCAAGUACUUACGGUAAUAUCUAGAAUAGCCGCGAACAACCAUACCAGCGACCAUGGCAUCCACGAACGACUUCCCCAAACCAACCUACAUCACCGGGAGCUGCCUCUGCGGCGCCCUGAAAUACCGCAUCGACUUCCCCAAAGACCAUGACUUCGAUAAAGCCUCCGGCACCUGCCAAUGCACCCAAUGCCGCAAAAACACCUCCUCCCUCUUCUACAUCUACCACAAGGUCCCCUUCACCGCCUUCCGCUGGACGUCCCCCACCCCUUGCCCCACCCUCAAAGCCUACCAAGCCACCCCCGGCAACUCCCGCGGCUUCUGUACCAGCUGCGGAAGCAUGAUGUACUGGCGAACCAACGCGGGCCCGCAUAUCUCCGUCCCCAUCGGCACAGUGGAUCCGCUGUUUCUGUUCGGGGAGGGCGCGGAUGGGGUGGAGGUGCCGAAGGAGGGGUUUGGGAUGGCGUUGAUGAGGUGUGGGGGUGGGCAUGAGUGGUGUGGGAAUGAGAUACCGGGGGUGACGCGCAAGGAGGAUAUAUCGUUGUUUAAGAGGGGGGAGCAGUUUUUGGAGGACGAUUAGGGUGAGGGUGGAGCGCUUGUUAGGGACAAGAUAUGGGCGGCUGGACGAAAUAAUACAAGACGACAGCCAUAGGCAGAUACAAAUAGGUGAAUGCAAGCAGGCCAGAGCAGAGCUUAUCAAGCUAGACCGAGUUCAUUGAGACUGGUUUUAGGCGCCAAUUCCGCUUUGCUCCAGCGGAUGUACCACUGUACCAUGGUUUUAAUACGGACUUGCCUUGGGGGCUCCUCAGCAUUGAUGGCAAUUCCGAAGAAAACGUUCAGAUAUACAGAGCAGAACUUGGGGACGUUUGAU